AUGACCAUCUCCAUCCACCCCGACCUCCCAGCGCACCAACGCGCCGCCAUCCGUCACGGAACCGGCGAAACGGCCACCACAUCCAUCAAAUCCAUCCCCAUCGACCAGCCCGGUCCAGGCCAAAUCCUCGUCAAAAUCAACUGGACCGGGCUCUGCGGGUCUGACAAAUCGCUGCUCCACGACGAGUGGAAAGACUUUGGCCUCACCAUGAUGGACCAGACGAAGGGUAUCGCGGGCCACGAAGGCGCCGGGAUCGUGGUCGCCGUGGGCGAAGACAUGCACCGACGGUGGAAAGUGGGCGAUCGCGCCGGUGUGAAGUGGAUCGCUGCGACGUGCGGGGAGUGCGAGUUCUGUCUCAAUGGCGUCGAUGAGGUCCAUUGCGUCAAUCAGAUUAAUAGUGGCUUUUCGGCCCCCGGCACGUUUCAGGAAUAUUGUCUUGCCGAUGGGCGCUAUAGUUCGAGGAUUCCGGAUGGGGUGAGUGAUGAGGAGGCUGGGCCGGUUAUGUGUGGUGGUGUGACGGCUUAUACGGCUUGUAAACGAUCCGGCGUGAAACCCGGGCAGUGGAUUGUUCUCCCCGGUGCGGGAGGCGGACUAGGCCAUUUGGCAAUCCAGUACGCACGGGCGAUGGGAAUGCGCGUGAUUGCCAUCGACGGAGGAGAACAGAAGCGAGAGCUAUGCGAGAAGCUCGGAGCGGAGGUAUUCAUUGACUUUACCAAAACAGCCGAUAUUGCGGCCGAGAUCAUGAAGAUCACGACGCAUGGCGCGCAGGGCGUCAUUGUCACCGCGGCCACUAAACAGGCAUAUGCGACAGCACCGACAUUCCUGCGACCGAACGGAACCGUCGUUGUGGUGGGUUUGCCCAAGGAUGCAUCGAUUCUGGCGGGCGCAGCGCCAAUGUUGAUGGCGCUGAAGAGGCUGAAUAUCGUUGGGAAUAUCACGGGCAGUUUGAAGGACGUGGAAGAGGCGCUUGACUUCACGGCGCGGGGAAUCGUUCGUCCGGUUCUGGUCAAGGGGAAGUUGGAAGAUCUGGGCUCGUGGCUUGAGAAGUUGAAGAAUGGUCAGCUGGCUGGUCGGGCGGUUUUGCAAGUUGCUGCAUAA